AUGUUCGCACGUUCAAUCCACAACACCUCCAAGAUAUCUUCUGGAGAGGUUCUUGUUCUAAGUCAACGCUCGUAUCGACCUUCAGAUCCUUUUUGGAGGGUUCUUGUCGCCGUCCCGAAGACGUACGAGGACCUCGUAGCAUUGGCCAAACACGUCUUUUGUAUCGACGAAGAAGACGAUGUUCUAUUCUUCACGGAGGAUCUUGAUCUCUGCGAUAACGACCAAGUGUCUAUUCACUGCUCAAGCUGGGAGUUCAUCCGCUUGGCUGUUCGCUCCGUGGUUGUAGAGUCGCGGUCGCCCUACCUCCUGGACUCCGCAGGCUAUCUAGCAGACGUAGAAAGUGAUGCCGACUCGUCUUCUCUUGACGAUUCUGAUAGCGAGAUGGACAUGGAGUCGCCGGGCAUAACGGUUAAGACGGUGAGUGCCCAUUAUAUCUUACGAUGA